AUGCCAAAGGAGGAAGACAAUUCAACGAUGCGAUUACAUGCGCUGUUAUAUGAAUUUGAAAGGUGUAGAUUAUUUAAAAGAUCUAGUAUUGCUGGAAUAUUCUUGAGGCUGGAGAUGUAUUAUUCAGAAAAAUCAGAAAUUUCUACUAUCAUAAAAGAUAUUAAAGCUUUAUCAUUUCAAACAUUUGACACCAACUCUUAUGAACAAUAA